UUUAUAAUUUAUCUUUAGUCUAGAGGUUUAAUUACUAAAAGCCCUUUCAAUUUAGAAAACAAAAGACAAAAAGUUUAAUCUUGAAUCUGUCACGAGUUUUGAAGCCCAUCAAAAAAAUAGGUCAAAUAAAUUUGUAACCGACGAAUAAGCUGAUGGUCCAAAGUGCAAACCCCAACACCAACCGACAUGUAUGAUGGCAAAACCGUAACCGACUUUAACUUGCUGCAUUCAUCUUGGCCGUUCAUUCGACUUCCUUCACCUCUAUUUAAGAAUCGAAACCUCUUCAUAUUUUACGGCGUUUCAGACAAAAAAGUUAUCUCUAGCUAUAUUUAUUCAAAACUUUUGAUGCUUACAAAGAAAAUUCGACAACCCAAUUAAAUAAACUGAGAUAAUUCUUAUGAAAUAUACUUGUCUACUGAUUUGAUUUGCUUCCAAGUAUUUUCGAAAUUUAGCCUUUGUUUUCAAUAAGGCAAUCUCGGUUAAGUGUUUGCGUCUGUUUUGUUGUGUCUAAGAUGAUGAAUACACUACUUCCUCCACCGUCGCUGAUGAUUAAGUCUCAGAUUAUGAGUCAAAGCUUGAAUCAUUGGAGUAUGGCUAUGAACAAGCAACAACAAGUGAUAAACAUGGCUCAAUCUCAAUCUCAGCCUCUAAUGGUGAAUCUCCUAAACUUUAGCCUUAACCCUAAUUCGGUAAACCAUAGUAACUAUGGUCAUAACUGGAAUUGUAUUCCUAUGGUUCGAGGUGGUAACAACAGACAGUACAACGAUCAGAAGCGGCGACAUGGUUCAUGUUCAGGUUGUUACAAGCCUCGGGCUUUGAAUAAGCUUCAGUCUAAAAACAGGAAGUUAGACCUAAAGAACAAAUAUGGUAAAAGAUAUGUUCCUUAUGCUCCACGGAACACAAGCUCUUUUAUUAUCCGGGCGAAGAAAUCGGGUGGCAUUGCUGAUUCAGUGUCUCCACCCCUUGUAACACCGUCGGUGUUGCCUUCUCCGAUGUUCUCUCCAUCGGUAGAGGUUUUGGGCAAUAUGGUGGAGGAGGAAUGGGGAGUUGAUGUGUAUGGAUCAAUGGAGGGGUUGGUUAGGCUGAGAUCUGAUGGUAUUCAUGAAUUAGAACCGUUUGAUGAAGAUGAAGGAGGGUCGUGUAAGAGUGAUGUGGAGGAGCAUGCAGAGGUUGAGACGAGACUAGACAAGGACUUGAACCUAGUUGAGAUGGUAUGUCCGAAUGAUGGUGCUAGGUUUGAGUAUAACAAUGACUUGGAAAACGGAGUUGAUGAUCAGAAUAAGCAUAUUGCUCAACUAGAGGAAGAGAACUUAACUGUAAAGGAGAGGUUGUUGUUGAUGGAGAGGGGGUUUGGUGAUUUUAUGAGAAGGUUAGAGUGUCUCGAAAGGGGCAAUAUGGUUGUUGGUGAAAAUGGUAAUGGGAAGGUUGUAGAGAAUGAGUCUGUAAGGGAGAGUAAAACUCAUAGCUCUGGUGCCUCUCCUAGUGAGGAGGCAAGGGAAACCUAUUUGGCUGCUGAAGAUGUUUGUAUGCAGGAUAUGGUGAGGGACGAGGCUACGGGGAAUGAAACCAACAACGUUGACAAGGGCAAGGUAGGUGAAGCAAAGAGUACAAACAGGCAAGAAAUUGAGGAUGAAGCUGAAAAGUAUUCAGCAGGACAGCACCGUGAAGGGUCCAAUUCUGAUGUGGUUGGGAACUAGGGAAUGCGUAUAUGAUAUUUUCCCCAGGCAUUAUGAUUGAUGUUUUUCUCAUAUGAUCUAGAUUUUCACUUUGAUCAAGUUUUUCUUACUUAUUUCUUUAUUUGGGUUUUGCAAACUGUAACUGGAAUCUAAUUUUGACCCAUAUAUGCUUUUUGGGUUUAACUAAUAAUUUCUUUGAUUUAGAAAAAAAUGUGCCAUAUUUAAAAGUAAAAUUUUGCAAUAUUAAAUUUGAUCUAUAGGGCUGAAUAAAAAACCCGAAUCCGAAGAACCAAACCAUAUCCGAUCCGAAAAAGUAGAACUGAAUCUUAAUCGAACUUGGUUAAAUAUCCGAACGAGUUCGAAAUUUAAGUAACUAGCGAACCGGAACUGAAUCCGACCUAAGUAUUUUGGGUAUUCAAAUCUAUAUGAAAUAGGUCUACAUACUUAAAUGUAUUAAUUGUUUUUAAAUUUAAUAAAUAAAAAUAUCUAAAUAUGUAAGAUAUUUUGAAGUUGUUCAAAGGUAAAUGUAUAAAAUAGCUAAACAACACUCAGAACACUAAAAAUACUCGAAAUAUCUGUUAAUUCACUAUCUAAAUAUUCAAGCUAAACCAAUUUAUAUGUUAAUUUUAAGUAUUUUGCAUUUAUUAUUCAAUUUUAUAUAUAAUAUAUUAUUUUAUCUUUAAAUCUAAAGUAUAUAUGAUUUUUAAAUUUUAAAAAUAGUUUAAAUGGGUUAUUCGUAUCCAAAUCGAACCUAAAAAGAUCCGAACCGAACCCAAACUGAAAUUUAUAAAUGCUCAAAUGAGCUGAAAUCUUUCUAGUUAAUUGACUUCUUGUAUUGACCUUAUACAGUUCAAUUAUAAUACAAAUAUGUUCUUCAAAAAAAAAAAGAGAUUUUUUAGCAUUAUCUUGAUUUAUAUCUUCAUUCGAUAUUUGUCAAAUUUAGUUUAAAAAAUAUUUCCAGUUUGAAAUUUUGCAGUAUGUAUAUAUUUGUGUCUUUCUUUUCGUAUGUGUCUUUCUUUCAGAUUUUCUUAAAAAGUAUUCAAUAUUUUUAAUUGGAUAAAUAUAUAUUAGCCAGUGAAUUUGUUUUUAAUGGAUUGUGAUCCAUAAACAACAUUUUGGACGCAUAUACACUGGACUAAAGGUUCCACUGUAAAUUUUGUUAGACACGUCAUAUAUUUGAGGACUGAUUUUGAGAGUUGCGGCAUAUGAGUCUAAUCCUCGAUUGCCACUAAUUCCGUAAGUAAUUAUGGAGUUGGAGAAAAAGCAAAAGAGGUAAUUAUGCCAAUUAUCAUCUUUACUAAUACGCCGACAAAAA